GGAAAGAACAAGAAAAGAACGAUGGAACAACAAGAGGCUCAAAAGGAAAGACAAAGGUAGCGUAUGAAGAAAUCGCGUGACAUAAGCAAUGGAAGAAGAAGGUCAUGUUUAUGUAGUUGUUGCAGAAGAGAACAAUGAAGAAGGAACAAAUUACUAUUUGUGUCGUUGUGUUGAGGAGCCUAAAAGAAAAUUGACAACCACAAUCAUUGAUGGAGAUGGUAUUGAGUACCCAAUAGGGCCUGUUGUCGUGACAGGAACAUGGCUUCAAAGAUACCCUAUCAAGAAUUUUGAUGUUUGGUUGUUCGAGGACUUCGAAACACAAAGACAUAUUCUUCAUUUCUCUAACCUUGUUGUUGCAAUAAAUAUUCAUUUGAUGAAGUAUCGUGGUAGACCUCAUAACAAGAUUUUAUGGAAAGUUCAUGAAUCUGACCACGAGGAAAUACUUGACACAAUAUGGGUUAGAGUCAAUACUGAAGGCUCACUUGAUUGAUUCUAUGGUUCAGAGUAGAAUGAUUUGUAGAAUUUUGUAUAAAUCAUCGACAAAUUGUUCUAUAUUCAUUUUUUGUAUAUAUAAAUGCCCAUGAGCUGAUUUUUACGU